GCGUUUUUGUAUACUGUUGUUUUGUUUAGUGUAGCAUUAAUUGACUUCGAUAUUUACAGUAUAGAAAUAAACAGAAAAAUAUGACAAAUUGGGGAAAUAUAUGCCGCAUUUGCAGCAGCCCCGCAGACUAUAAUAUAUUUGCCAAAAUACCUACAUACUUACACGGCUCAUCGAAUGAGUUUCUCAAUUUUCAGAAGCCAAUUAAUGUAUUGCUUGAAGAAACGUCUGGACUAAAGAUCUCACCAGAUGACGGUCUGCCAUCUGUUAUUUGCGCACUGUGCAUAUCGUAUUUGAAGCACGCCGUAACAUUCCGCGAACAAUGCAUUAAAAACGCACUCAGCCUUAAGCUAAUCGAACUAUAUCAACAAAAGUCUUCGAAAAAUAAAGGAGAUAAGGAGAGUGCACUCUUCACAGCAGAUCAGUUGCGCUAUGUGGAGCAACGACCAGUGCACAAUCUCCUGCUGAACAACAACAGAGUCAAGCUAGAAAGAACGGACAAAGUGCACAAGCAGCUACUUAAUCGGACUGUGCCCCAGCAAGGCGGCAACAACGAACGCGAAAUACGCUAUCUUAAUGAUCUAUUUAAUAAACAUCGAAAUGCUGCACAGGUCAAAGUGGAGAUGCCAUCCACCAGCACUAGGACCUGCAGCGGCAACGGUACAGGUGAGGAGGAGGAUUAUGCGGCAGUCACCUCAAGCGAUGACAAUGAGGAGAAUGCGCUGUCGCGCAAGCACAAGAAUUGCUACAACUAUAGCGAAACGAAUUUCGAAGAGGACGACCCCAUGGAACAGGCGCAGCUAAGGGACAUCAAAGUCAAUAUACCCGAACCCAUGUGGAAGGAGCGCAAGUGCCCGGCCUGCUUCAAGCGGUACAUGCACGAGGAUUCGCAUCAAUUGCAUCUGGACAAUUGUGUUGAAUUCCAGUUUUUUAAUUUUGUGGGCGAACUGAACAAACUGCUGGAGAUAAAGCGUCAAAAGAUGGUAUCACCCCAUGAGUUCAUUAGACGCAUGAUAUUUGCUUUGCACAAGACAUGCACCUGGUUGCAGGAACAUUCCAUUGACACCGAGCUGGCUGAUAAACUGAAUCAGGUUAAAAUCACCAAUGGCACGAGCAGCAGUGCUGAGAAAGCUGAGAAAAUUGAGCCACUCAAAGAGAGCGCACCAAAGACAUCGACAUGCUGGGAAAGUUAUCCAUCUUCAAACGAUGAUGCAGUCUUCGGGAACAGUUUGCUGAAAUUUAAGAGUGGCUCAACCACACCCAUAACAGUAGAGAACAAUGUCUUGUACGCCAUUGAGCGCUCCGAGAGUCGCAACUCGCAAAACACGCCCAAUCCAGUAGUUAAGAAGCCUAUACCCAUAAGAUGUACUGGCGCUCAAACAGCUGAUGCUGCUGCACCGUUGCACGAGGAGCGUGCACGUGCCACGUUUCUUGAGAAGCUGCAAAGAGCCACUGGUACGCCACUGCACCAGUCUCCAGUGCCAGUGACGCCCACCUCAGCAGCUCGUUGCUGCCAGUGCAAACUGAUAUUCGCAGCAGUUAGCGAACUAGAAAUUCACAAUGUUAUGCAUCACAACGGACAGUGCAAUGCAGGCAACACCCUAGACGAAGACGCACAACGGCGUCGUAUUAUUGCCCUAUUCGAAGACGAUAUCUAAUUUAAGUUUUAAAUACGUUAGCUUAUAUUAAUUUUAUUCCGUAACAUCGUUAAGUCUGAAAAGUCCCCCAAAUACGUGCAUUGUUUAAUUUUUAAUU